AUGGUUAGGCAACAACGACGUAAUUCUCGGAGAACUCUUGAACAAAAGUCAAUUUCAAACGUAUUCGAUCGAAGAGAAGACGACGACAACGAUACAUAUAAUUUUAGGAUUUUGUUAUAUAAAAUAUUAGAUAUCUUUGAAGCUAGUGACAAACACCAAUUAAUGAAACACACCAAACAAAUUUCUGGUAUUAAUGGUAUUAAUGUUGAUGGACAAGAAUUAAAUUCUGAAAUGAUGAGAAUUAAGAUAGGAAAAAAUGAGUAUAAAUCCUUAAAAGAAUUUCAGGAUGAUUUUAUUUCCAUAAUUAACAAUGCCACAUUAAAUAAUAAAGAAAAUUAUGACUCUGGAAUGAAACUUCUUCAAUUUGGUUCUAGAUUAAUUGAGCAAGCUGUUAAAGAUGUACCACCUAUUAUCAAAGGGCCUCAAAAAAUUGCUUUAAUGCAACCAACUACUAAUGGAUACGUUUUCUCGAGUGUAACGAUGAAACAGCCAAUAUUGAAUAAUAAAUUUGAAUUAGUUGGUGAGUUAAAAGAGAAAGUUAUUACACCUCAAGAGUCAAUGAGCGAACGAGAUAUUCCUACUCUUGGUUCUGUCCUAACCAAGAAGAUAAAUAAAUCUGAACAAUCUACGCAAUCCAAAGAUACAACUGUUCCCGGAGUUUAUUUAAACUCAUAUAAGCCAUAUGGAUCGUUUGCUCCUAUUUAUAAUUCAAGAGGUGCCAUUUUGUCUUAUGAAGAUACGAUGAUGACAUAUUCUUACAAACAAGGAAAAAAAGAUGAUAUUAAGAAUAUUGAAUCAACAUUAGAAAAGAAUAAUAUUGAUCACGAUGUUACUAAAUCUGAUGGCAAUAUCUUAAUAAAUUCUAAUUCUAAUGAAUCAAAUGAACCCACUAUUCAGAAAGAGAAUCUUGCGAUCGCAAUAUUAGAUGAGAAUGUAGUGAUGUUUGCUAGGUUACAAAUGUUACAAAAUAAAAGAUUUCAAACAAAUCCCGAUAUAAUAAGUUCCGAGGAAAAAAUUCUUUCAACAAAGUUGAGAAAUCGACUCGCUGAAAUGAUAUCUGUCGUUCCUCCAUCUAAACUUGUUUCACCUGGGUCCAUAGAAAAGGCCAUGUCUCAAUUACCAUCACGGGAAGCUGCAUUUAAGGGCACACUUCCACCUGACAAUAAUCGAGCAUAUCCAUCAAAUGAAGUAUCUCGUGAUGCUUUUAACAAUUUUAUAAGCGCAGUCCGACCUUCAGAAACUACAUCUACUUAUUCUCCACAUCCAAAUUCCCAAAUGGGAAAUCCACAAAUCAGAUCAACAGUGAUGGGACCGCCACCGCCACCACAAUCUCAUCCACCACAACUAAAAUCCGAAAUAUCACGUACACAACCACAAACAGGAUACUUACAUUCACAAUUAAUGUCACCGUCACAUGCAUCAAGGAGCUACCUACCAAUGAAUCCUCAGCACGGAAUUCCAAGACAAGACGGAUAUUAUCCUGGUUAUCAUGGUUACCCAACACAAUACUCUCCUCAUUUACAACGAGGGUAUAGUCGUCCUAAUGUGGGAAAUAGUCGCUCCCACAUAGGAAAUAAUUUGCAGCAAACGCGACCAGGUUAUUAA